UCUCUAUGGUAUAUUGCAGUCAGAAUUUCUUAAAGCUCACAGUAUUUCUGACGCCAUUUACCACGUCCCUCUUAUCCUGUGUACAGGUAUCCUUCAAUGCAUUAAAAUAAAUGCAGCAGAAUGCAAUGAAAUCCCUUUUCCCUGAUUUACGAUUCCUUGGGCAACAGCAACGUUUGAUGGCAUUAUUAUUAUUAUUAUUAUUAUUAUUAUUAUUAUUAUUAUUAUUAUUAUUAUUAUCAUUAUUAUUAUUAUUAUUAUUAAUAAUAAUAAUAACCUCCUGCUGCUGCAGGUAGAAGCAGGUUAAAUGAUAACGUGUACACGUAGAUGAACCUACCUUUAGGGAAUGUAAACAAGCUAGACAGCUAUCCAUGUCUGGUUUAUAAUAGAAGGGUCAAUUCCAUUUCCCUUUUAAUCAAUUCCAACACAUCACUGAUCAAAAUUACAGUUAGCAGUAUUCUGUUAAAAUGAGCUUCUCACUGUGGCAGCAAAUUACUUCAGUUGAAGUCACUGUUAGUCAAAAUUAGAUUGGCUUCAAAUGAAAGCAGUUGAACAAUCUCAACAAUUAUUAGGUCUCUAAAAUUCCAAUUCUAAUUCCUUUAAAUAAAUUAGAAUUGGGAAUUGAUUUUAAAAAGGAAUUGAAAAACAUGAUUCCCCGUCCAACCCUGCUCAUAUUCCAACAAAUACAGCUUGAAUUUGGCGUGUGAGUUUUGAUCAGGGGUUUCAAACCGAAUGUACAUACAGUAAACUACACGAUGCGUUGGUAUACCCCUAAACCCCAUAACGCUCGCUGCCACCACGUUUUAUCUGUAAAGUAUUCGCUAAGUAUAAUAAUGACCCCUAGUUUACUGUGCAGAAGAGGGAAGAGUGUGUCUGUCUGUGUGCAGCUAUUUUUUAUGAUGUCCCCAUCCUAAAAUGUUAGCUGGAUAUUUAUUUACUCUUCUGUAAGAUUUCAAAAUUAAAAUACUUGUUCGUCCAGCACUAUGAAAUACUCUAGCACAAAAAUGUCUUGGACAAAAACUUUUGACAGAUUUUACAGUGUUGAUUGAUGUUGUUGUCUCUGCGCUCCCAGUCUGGUCUCUUCAGGGUCCCCCCCUGCGCACAACCCUGGCUGCCCUCCAGCAGCUCCUCUCGUGGGUUCACACUCACGGUCGCCACUGCCCCCUGCAGCCCUGCCACAACCCCUCCCGGGCAGAGAAAGCAGCAAAGCGCCCCCCGAAGGUGACCCGCUGGGCCUGCGGAGGUGGGCACAGCUACUCCUGGGAGCUCAGCCUAUUGGUGGAUCCAGAGGAGCACCCGAGGCCAGAGGGGCGCCCCAUGCUGGUCAGUGGAGGGAGGGUGAAUCCCAGGAGGGAGGCGCAGGGGGACGAUGAGGAGAGAGAGGCUGGCUCGGGUGUCGAGCAGACACAGCCUCACAGCACAAUUAGAGCCAGUCUUGUUUGUAUGCUCAUGCUCCCAGAAUACAUAAUAAAGAGGAUACACAAUGCUUCGAAGACAUAAAGAAAGAGGUUAUUUAUGUUUGUGUGUUUCAAGUUUUUUCUCUUUAUACCACGCAUAAUGAACCAUUUACUCGUGAUGCUAGAUUAAAUGAAGUCAUUCAUUUUUGUUUUCCGGAUUAAACAUCGCCAUUGCUGUGGGGAGCUCUGAAAUUCAGAGCUUCACAAAGCCGUUACAGUGAUGUCACACUGCUACAAGCUGGUCAUUUAAAUUGGAGAAAUAAAUGAGAUUUGGAAAACCAAAGCUACCACAUCAGUUCAAUUUAUUGUGUCUCUCUUAUUCCAGAGUUCCUGGAUCACACAGCAAUGAAUGUGGAGCCGGAGGAUUUGCAAAGCAAUCAUGCCUAUACACAUAGUUAAGAAAGAGGCAGAGGAAGAGGAUGAAGGAGAUGAUGAAAGUGUGGAGAGCGGAGGAGAAGGAGAGGAGUCUGGUGAAGAGAGUGAGAUUGACCGCAGGGAUUCGGAGUACCAGCAGUCUUCAGAGGACAGGGACAGGAUGGACCCAAACGACUCUGAGUACCGGCCCUCAGACAGCUCUGGCGAAGGAAAGCAUGUGCGUUCAGUGAGGUGUGAGUUCUGUGGAUACACCUGUCGACAGAAGGUCUCUCUGAACUGGCACAUGAAGAAGAACGAUGUGGAGUUGUCCUACAGCUUCUGCUGUGAGCUCUGCGGCAAGUGGUUUAAGAGCAAACUGAACCUGCACUUCCACAAGGGCAAGAGCCACCCCCGACUGAAGAGCCAUCGACAGAAAGACAGACAAACAGAGAGGAAACCCAGAGACCGUCUCCACCCCGACUGAAGAGCGACAGACAGACAGACAGACAGACAGACAGAUAGACAGACAGACAGACAGGAAACCCAGAGGCUGUCUCCACCCCCACCUGAAGAGCUUCAGGACCAUCGACAGACACACAGACGAGACAAACAGAUAGGAAACCCUGAGGCUGUCUCCACUCCCGUCUGAAGAGCCUUGAGACCAUCGACGGACACAAAGACAGAGACAGACAGAGAGAAAACCCAGAGGCUGUCUCCAUCCCUUUCUGUCGACCGACACACAGACAGACAGACAGAGGAAACUGGCUGAACUGCAACUCUGUCAGUCCGUGACUCAGCUCUCAGAAUCCGGUCGCCUUUCUCAUGGAGGAAGUGAAAAUAUAUUAUAUAUAUAUAUAUAUAUAUAAUGUGUAGAUUGCUAAACUGCUGUGUGUGUGCAAUGCCUAUUGUAUUUUAAAGUUUAAAAUGGUUGUUCAACAUGUGUUACUUUUUUUUUUUUUUAUUUAGUAAUCGGCAAUUAUUUUGUAUUAUUUUCUCCCAAUUGGGCAUAUCCAAUUAUUUUUUAGGCCCAACUCACCACUGCCACCCCCGCGCUGACUCGGGACCGGCAAAGAAGAGCACACGCUGUCCUCCGAAGUGUGUGCCGUCAGCCGACCGCUUUUUUCACACUGCAGACUCACCGUGCAGCCACCUGAUAGCGACUCCCAUAAGUAAGAGCUUACUGGCCACUCUAACCCUGAGUGGGUGAAAAAUCAGCUUGUAUCUUAAACAGCAUCCUGGACUUGAUUUUAGAAUAUAUAGUUAAAUAACAAUAUCAUUUUAAUAUCAUGUCAUUUCCAUCUGAUAUAAACUAUCUGCCACAAGGGACUCCCGAGUGGCGCAUCCAGUAAAGGCGCUCCUCGCAGGAUGUGCCCUAUAGCCUGGAGAUCGCAGGUUCGAAUCCAGGCUAUGUCACAGCUGACCGUGACCGAGAGUUCCUAGGGGGCGGCGCACAAUUGGCUGAGCGCUGCCCGGGUAGGGAGGGCUUAGGUCGGCAGGGGAAUCCACGGCUCACCGCGCAUCAGCGACCCCUGUGGCCGAUAGGGCGCCUGUGGCUCUGCAGCGGAGCCGCCAGAUCUGUGUUGUCCUCCGGCACGAUAGGUCUGGUGGCAUUGCUGUGGAUCUGCAGUGCGAAAAAUGACGGCUUGGAAGGAGCACGUUUCGGAGGACGCGUGUUCCAGCCUCCGUUUCCCGAGUCGGCGGGGGGGUUGCGAGCGGUGAGCCGGGGAUACAGAUAAUAAUUGGGCAUGCUAAAUUGGGGUGAAAACCGGGGUAAAAAUAAUUGGCGACGACUAAAUUAAAAAAAAAAAAAAAAAAACUAUCUGCCACAACACCAUUUCAGACAGCUGUCUCAUGUUAAUAUGUCUAAUAUAUAUUACAAAGAAUUCUCAGAUGGCUGUAUCCCAUGCAUAUCAGGGUCUACACUAAUAAGGAUAUAUCUGAUGGUUGUUAUACUGAGAUAGGGUGUCGUGGGAUACAAGCUGGUGCACUGUUGCCUCCAGUAGUCGUGUUUACAGAACAUUAAAAAUCUAAAGCCUGACAAACAUCUUUAAAACAGCAAACAUAAUUUAUCAGUGAUUACUUCAAGAAUGAUAGCAUAGGGGGUAGAGCAGGCGCUAUUGCUGUAACAAACCCUUUCUAUGAUCCUGCUGUGCUCUGAAUAGACGUUUCCAGACUCUGCUCCACAUUCCUCUAGUUCAGAAGCUACACAAUGGGAUUCUGUAAUACAAGGAUAACCAAAGACUGCAGGACAUGUAUUACAUUAUCUUUAAGCCCAAUGGUAGUGUAUCAAGGUGCCCUAUUUGUAUGUCAGACUUACAUUUCUGGUCUAGAUUAAUAAAAGAAUA